UGACGUUUUGUUUGUUUUGUAAACAAAAAAAUAAUUUCAUUACAUUUUAAUUAAUAUAGCAACCUUUUGGUGCAUAUUAUUAUUAUUCAAGAGAAAUAUAUAACGGAGGCUCAUCCUUAUCUUUGACCCGUAAUGGCCGAUACCGCGAAUACGUGGAACUGUUGUCGAACAUGCCUCAGUGAUAAAUGUUUAAAUGCUAUAUUUUAUAUACCCGGGGCAGAAACUGUUUACACUGAGACUAUUCUCACCAUCACUGGUGUAAAGGUUGAACUGAAUGACAAUCUUCCUCAGACAAUGUGCACGGACUGCAUAGAUUUCACCAACAGUGUCAUAAAAUUUAGGACGAAAUGUAAAGAUGCACAAGAAACCCUUAGACAAUGCCAUAAUCAGCAAAUGCAUAUCAAAACUGAAGCAACAAAUGUAAAUACAGAAAUAGAACAAGUUGCUACAAUCAACAUAACACUAGACACUAAUUCUAAUAGUAAUUUAGCACAAUUUGUGAUCAACAGCCAUUUUAUUCACGAUAAUAUCAAAAAGUCUGAAGAUGAUGAUGUUGAUGAUGAUGAUGAUAAUAUGCAAGAAAUACCAGAGUUUCAGUCAGAGGUGGACUUGCAAAAUGAUGACCAAAAAAAACAUGAUGUGGGAUCUAAGAAAUCAGUGAAAACCACUCGUUCCAGCAAAACUAUUAGAACUAAAAAGAAAGUCAAACAGAAAAUUGCUAUAGAAAAUGAUGAGAAUAACCAAGUACCGAAUAAGUUAUGCAGAAGAAGAAAAGUGGUGCAAAAUGAAAGCAUAGAAUGUGAAUUUUGUCAUAAAAUUCUCACAUCUAAAUUGUCUCUGAGGAAUCAUUAUAAAAUACACACGGGUUUUGAUGUCAUUUGUGAGCACUGCGGCAAGAAGUUCAUAUCUCAGCGCCUGCUGCUCAUGCACUGUCGCGCGCGGCACGGCUACGAGAAGACGGACAAGUGCUCGUAUUGUGACUACCGCGCUUCUAAUGCGGAGCAAGUCAAGAUCCACGAGCGCCUGCACACGGGCGAGAAGCCGUUCUGCUGCUCGCACUGCGGCGCCGCCUUCCACCGCCGCAGCAGCUACCUGCAGCACGUGGCCAUACACCUGCCCGAGAAGAGUGUUCAGUGCGACCAGUGCCACGCGCGCUUCAAGUCCGUAACCCUGAUGCGAAUCCAUAAAAAUCGUCACCGCCAACCACAAUACUCAUACAAGUGUUACAUCUGCAACAAUAGUUUUGCGAGAAAGCGCAACGUCGUCAGACACUUGCAGAGAAUCCACGCGGUGACGUCAGCGACGCACGAGAUCGAGCGAGUGCCGCUAGAUGGCAGCAGCUGGCAGUUCCAGCAGCGGCCGCCAGAUGGCGUUGGUUCUGUUUGAAGCAAGGAGGUUUUGGACCAUGAAGACUUUAAUUCUACGUUGAUUGUAUUGAUUAUUUUGAGUAUUUUUUAACGUUUUAGAGCGUGUAUACAAACUGUCGUAUUAAAGGAUUAUAUUCUACAGCUAAACUAUACCUAUACAAAUAGAAGUCACCGUCGGCAUAAAAUAGAUCUACUUUUAUAUAGAAAGUUAGUUUUAAGUAUAGUUACAGCUCCGUUUACACAUGGUGCACGGUUUACAGAUGUGUGAUGUGAACACGUGCUUGGUAUUGUUAUGAUAAUAUAAUACAUUUCAUAUUAAACGAGAUAAUAUAUAAAUGACAAUUCUCUAUAUCUAUUUUUAUUUCGGAUCUAAAUCCCGGUUCAUAUGAGCAUAUUUUCUAUUUCUCAAAUGCACCCAACAAGGAGCGCCACUCAAUCCAUUCCUUGACUCAGCCUCAACCAGCAACCUCCAUAAUAUUGUAUAUUCAAACGUGAUUCAAACUAACGUGACCCCAUUAUCGGUUCUUAGGCAGGCCAAUCCAAGUGAGCUGGCUA